AAAAAAACUGAAAAGAAUAUUAAGAACAAAAAAAGUGAAGUACCCACGGUGUUGUCAGUUUGAAUGCGUUGGACAUACUGAUUAUCAUAAUGUAGCUGCAUAUUGUACAUUACAUUAUAUAAAUACGAUGAUAAAAAUGUGAUCAAUAGAUGAGAGAAUGUUGCUCUGUCCACUACAUUACAAAAAAUGUCGCAUCGGCCCAUUAAUUGACAUGUAAAUUGCAGUGAGUGGUAACCGACGGUGCAAUGACUUACUGUUUCUAGUUAACAAAAAUUUGUUUCUAUUUUUUUAUGUUUUCAGUGGUAUACGUCACACAAGAAAAAGAAAUUGAACAAGUAAAUCUAUUCGGUAUGGUUGUCUCACUGCUUGUGACUACUGGCAGGUGAUGUAAUUGCACCCUCCUUCACCUGCUCGCGCGAUAGAACUAACAGUCAGUCAACCAUGUAUUAUCUCUCUCUCUUUUUUCUCUCAUAUACACACACGCGCAGUGUAAAAGAGAAUACCAUUUAUUUAUUGCACCUUGAUAAGGUAAAAAUUAAAAUAUUGUCGACAUUCCGAAAUUAUGCAUCGAUCGUGGCGGGAAAUGCAGAUUGAAAGAAAACAUUCGAACGGGAGAAAAAAUGCGGAAUAAAGUAAAAAGAAAAAUUAGAAAAGAACCUCUCGCAGCAAAGAGAGAUAGGCCUCGCAAUUUCUAAGCCAGCAAUCCAAACUGGCAUGGCAGUCUGCCAGAUGAAGCCAUUUUUCGCAAAGCCCUUCAAUCUCCUAAUGUUUUCCUGUCCUUAAGAAUACAUUGUUUUUACGAAAUAAUCUUCCCCCCUAACUGAUCAAAUCGCCUUUCCGUCAUAUGCGAAGAUUCGUAUAAUUAUAUAUGAAUGUUUAAACAAUUUGUGAAAUAUACUGUAAUUGUGCUUUAUGUAGUCUAUAUGUUAUUUGCCGUUAAAAAUGGUUUUGUUUUUGUUCUGGCUGGUUCGUCGAGUAGAAUAUUUCACGGAGGUGACCUCCCUUCGUUUCCUGGGAUGCAUGCAUAUCGUGCAGGGAAUGAUAGGGUAAAGGAAAAACUUGUACAACGUUGUACGAGUUAGCAUUUUAUCGUGCCUCUAUUCUCAUCGCUUUGCCUGCGCGCAUCCCUUAUUCAAAUGAUACUUCAAAUGAAGAAGCACUAUUACUUUUCUAUUUUAAUUACCGAAGACUGCGCACCGCCUAUACCGCAUGGUUCAUUUAGCUUUCUAAGUUGUCAUCUCCCUUCUUUUUCAAUCCGAUUAAGCACAGAUUAGAGUUACGAGUAACGUAAGAUUCUUAGAUUUUUAUUCUUUUUUUAGAGACAAGUUUGACGUAAUAUGUUCUUAGAAUAGUCGAUUUGCGUGUGUCAAAUUUUUCCGACUUCCAGUAACGUGUGUAUAUUUAACAAUUAGAGGUAACACGGACCUUAAUCAGAAUAUUAUUUACUACAACUUUGUCAGAACAAAAAUAAAGAAUUUAAUGCGUAUCACACGAUUCUUUUACAACUAACAUGAGUAAUCGAGUUCGCUCCAUAAAUAACCGGCAGAAAUGUGUAGAGAAACCGCUGCCUCUAUUAUGUUUUGUUCGUCAGAUAUACACGUAAUUAUUUAGUUCCCUUAUUUUAAUGAUACGUUAUAUUAAGUUAUCGAUGGAUUAAUUAGAGACAGAUAUUAAAAUUUUCGUAUGUAUGCGUGGAGACAGCGAUAAUUAAUUAAAUACUUAUUGAUACAGUCAUUGCAUCGCUCUUAUGCGUAUGACCUGUGUGUCACGACAUUUUCUUAUGUGCAACGUGCAACCUUCGCUGUACAAGUAAAGUACUCGAUACGGUGCAUUGUCAUUUAACACUAAACGUACGUUAUGCACGAGUGUGAGUGAAUCCGGUUUCGUUACACCUUUGUUUGGUGAAUGAAUGAAAUAAAACGAUGUAAAAAGAAUCGAACUUUCAUGGAUUGUUGGAGGAUUUCGAAUCAAUUUAUUUUUACUCGAUUGCCUAAUCGAAACGUAAAAUAUUUCAUUCAGGUUGCUGCGUCUCACGCCGAUUCAUCGAAUAAAUAUUUCGUCUACCGUCGAUUUGGAUAGUCGUCAAGAGAAUCGGAUACUUUUACGUUCAAGAAUUAUUUCUUCGUCGACACACGCUACGGUGACAGAUUUAGAAUAAGCGGGAACCGUGUAAAUAUGAUUUACAUCUGUUGGUCAAGAUUCAAGAUUCGCAAAACAGGUUGAAUGAUUUUAUUGAAUCUUUUUUCACAUAGCUGGAGGUGAAAGUUGAUGGAAAGUGGAUUUUCUGCAGAAAAUUUGCUUAGAUCGCACGCAGAGAUUACUAAAAGAAAAAGCAGCUCACUUUUAAGAAUGUUAUUAUUAGUUUGAACCUUUCAUAAAGAUAAUGAUAGAUCUUUUAAGAUAUAAAACAGUGUCGUAAAACGAAGAUAUACUUAGCACAUAAUUGGCAGAUUUAAAUGGAUUUCUGCUUACUAACUCGACGCAUCAUAAACUUGGCUAUCGAUGUGUCGACUAUUGUCUGGAUUUUUUACCACAUCGAAGCUACAAUGGCGAAAAAAAGAUGGCGCUAUCGAUCAAACUCGAGGUCAAGUCAUUUGGUAUCUUAGCCGCCGUGUUUAUGGUGCGUGGAACGUGGGUACGGCUAGUGAAACGGCGCGAAGCCGGUGUAUCUCGUACUUUUAGAAUUAUUAACAACCUGCCGAGUAACGAUAGUGUACUUAUUGAAGUUUUUUGUGAUAUAUACCACUCGCAGGCAACGGGCAAUAACGAACGGAACUCAUCAUCGAAGCCUUUCAGAUUCGCGCGCUCGCAAUAACCUCGCAAUCUCCAACGUAAACCGUUGAUCGCCGAAUAACAAAUAAGCCAGUGAAGAAUUCGUCGAUCGCAGAUAGCAAGAUCACUGGACGCAUCAACCGACGGAACGUUCGCGCAGCAUCGGCAUUCACCGAGUGCCGCGUUUACCUGAAUGAACGAGCGCCGCCGUCUCGGUGGGGAAAGUAUUUUCAAGAAAGGCGGAGGUGCGCGAGGCGGGCAGGUGUCUCGAGGCGCCGGAAGGUCGUAAACUGAUUCGGACCACGAGGUUUGCUGGCAAGACGGGUACCGGAGGCGCGGCUCGUUAUUUACACCUCGUGCGGCGCUGUAAAAUCGCGUACUUAACACGCGUGUACCUGGUGUCCCUGCAAACGCGUUCGGGUCCGUUUAAAUUACCGAGAGGGACCAUUUUUCUUCGAUCAAACGUGCUUCCGUGCUCGGGUGCCGGAUUAUCCCGAUACCCGAAGCCGGCCAGGUGAAACUACCCGACUGCGGAGUGGUAGUAACUUUAUUCAUCGGGGCCCCAGGCUCAGUUUUUCGUAGAAGCGGCCCCAUUGUCUCGGAGAUUAAUGGUGCCGCGGAAACCGUUCAUUCCGGAGACCCCGAGAGAUUUCGCUCCUUUUGUGCCUGCGAUCAUGCUUCGCUUUGCACCUUUUGCCAGCCGGUACCUCGGCAUCGGCGAGCAAAACGGGGUGGCCGGCCUCGUUUCGGGCCCAUUCAACGGCCCUCCUGGACGUGCCGCUUCGAGGGAUGCGCUCGGUCCGGUUCCUCGUCCUUUUCACGCGCGUGCCCGCUCGUGGCGACUUCUUAAUUGCCGGACGAAAUUAAUCACCGGUCCUCGGCCCAGCCUUUGUAUACAACGCGUUUGCGAUUCGGACGAUUUAACGCCGCCCUGCCAGGAUACGAGCUUCGACCCAGGCUGAGGAGUCCAAAGGAUCUACGGGGUGUCCCCAAUAUUUUCGACCUGUUUUGGUUUUUGUUCGCGAAAAUCGUGCGGCGUGUCUGCCUUUCAAAUUCGUGGCUAUCUUUCACGGACCGUGGAUUGUCGCUUCGUCACGUGGCACAGAGAGGAGACGCGGUGGUGUGAGACGAGAGGCAGUGGCUAAGGAGAGUGCAGAAAGUUUUGUGCAGUGAACGGUCGUUAAUAGACCAGUGCCGUGGCUCCGAAUAACAGACUAGAGAAAGAGAAGCACUAGCAGUGUUUCGAAAGGAGAUAGACGGUGCGAGAUAGAACGCGACGCGAGAGAGAAGCGCGUUUAGAAACAUCCGUGUGUGCCAGACGAGAGACAGAAGAUACGCUUCACCGUCGGACUUUUUGAAAGUUGCCGAGAUGCGUUUCCACGGUGGUCUGCUGGUGAUCUUGCUCGUCAUCGUCUCCUGUCCUUUGACCGUUCGCACGCGCAGGGUCGCGCCUUUGAUCGAGGAGGACUGGGCCAGGAGACCUCACCGCGCCGCCGAAUGCACGUUCGGCAAGCAGAUACGGGAACUGGGCUCCACCUGGUUCGCGGAUUUGGGCCCGCCCUUCGGAGUCAUGUACUGCAUCAAAUGCGAGUGCAUUCCGGUGCAAAAGAAAAAACGAAUCGUGGCGAGGACUCAUUGUCGCAACAUCAAGAACGAAUGCCCGGAGCUGACGUGCAAGGAGCCCGUUCUUCUCCAAGGCAGAUGUUGCAAAUCCUGCCCAGGUGAUACAAGUCUAGACGUGGUGCACGAUGUGCCGGCGCAGUUGACCUCCGAGGAAGAAGAGCGAAGCCUAAAACAUUUCGGUACGCUUUUGACAGGCAGAACGUCUCAAUCGUUGCGUCGCGACGAACCCUCCCCGACUACGAUGUACAACAGCGCUUACAACUAUCUCGCGACCGGUCGUUUCACUUUCCAUCGUAAGAAUCUGUAUUACUCUUUCUAUUUAUCGACGUCCACACCUCGCCCGAAGAGCAUACAAUUCGUCGACGAAUCUGGAAGCAUCUUGGAAGAGCAGACCAUAGAUCCCGUGGGCGGUGUCUACCAAAAUGCGACGGGUAAACUCUGCGGAGUAUGGAGAAGAGUGCCACGAGAUUACCGGAAACUGCUUCGGGAAGAGCGGCUUCACGUAUCCUUCGUAUGGGAACCGUCGUCUACUUUGACCGGACAGUUGUCUCGCUAUCGCGCCUUGUCCACGGAACAGUACACUGCCUUGCUCGAACCAACAAUGGGAGUGGAUCGUUCUCUGAUGUCGGGUGCUGGCGCCACGGCUAUAGUCUCGGCCUCGUCCGCGUCUGCACCGUCCAUCCACGUGUCUCUGGUAUUCAACGGUGUCUUUUUACCCAACGACGUGUCCGAAGUUUCCCUGGUGGUCCAGUUAGAACAUAUGGAGAAGGAUUACGUCGUUCUCCGAGAAGAAAUUGUGGUGAAGAAACCGUCAAACGAGUUGAAUUUUGGAGAAGUCAGAAGUGCUCUCUCUGGUGCGGAUCUCAGGUUGCUGACUAGGGGCAAGCUUUCCAUCAGCAUAAUGUCUAGAAAAGACCCUCAGGCACUUCGACUGGCCGGUAUAGUGGGACCGCGUGCCAACUGUGAGAUGUAUCAAACCCUGCUGCUCUCAGAAACGCCUUCGGCAGCUUCGGGAUUAGCCUGGGCGUUUCUGGAUCGUGCCGGAUCACUGCGUUACGGAGUUCAGCUGAUCGGAUUGGAACAAGAAAGUCCGCUGGUGACCCUAGUUGAUGAAGGCGGGAAGCGUCGCACAGAACUCGAGGACUUGACACCUUCCCUCGUCGACGGUCUGGCCAACGGAUCUCUAGAACGACCCGGACCUCGUCUGCUCGAGCCUCUGUUCGACGGGGAGCUCUCGGUGGCAGCGGCUUCUCACGUAGGGUCCAUGUUACGCGGCCGAUUGACGCAGAGGCCUGUGGCCGACGCGAGGGACACGACUGCACCCGUUUUACUCAGAAGAUUAUCUCAGGAACCCGUCCAUCCCGGUCCGGUCGGUCUAGCAUGGACCGCAGUAGACCUGGACUGCUCCCUUCACUACGAACUCGAAAUCGCUGGUUUCCCUCCAACGUCUUCCAACAAUCACGAACCGCGCACGUUCAAGCUCUAUCUGGAGACCAUGCCAUUGUUGGCUCAAGGAGCGCCCGUUGCCAGAAGAUUACUCGAAGAGUUUACCGGCUACGUGUUGGAGGGUUCUGUGACCGGGCUCACACCAGUGGAGUUGUAUAGGAUCGAGUCCGGUAUCGGCUUCCUGGAAGUGACCGACAAGCAGACCGAGAAGAUUCUCAAGGCUCCGUUCAAGGCCAGAGCGCCGCUCAGCUGUCUUCCUCACUACGCGGACAAUGACGUCAAUCUGCAACCGCCUAUAUCGGAUAUCGAGACCGGUGCCUGCUUCCACGAGACCAGAUUCUACGACGAAGGGACCCAGUGGACCUCCAGCACGGAUCCUUGUUCCAUGUGCCAUUGCUAUCGCGGACUGGCCCAAUGCGACCCAGUACCCUGCCCAGCUCUCACCUGUCCACAGGGCAAACAGCUCAAGCCUGCGCCAGGUCACUGUUGCCCUAUCUGCUCGAGUCCAGGGAUCAAUAUGAACGCGACAGGGAAGAACGUGAGCUCUGUCACGCGGGGCUGCACCCUCGCUGGCCAGUUUCAUCUACCGGGAGCAUCGUGGCACCCCUAUCUGCCACCGGUGGGAUUCGAUACCUGCGCCGUCUGCACGUGUGACGCCAUGACGUUGGAGGUAAAGUGUCCGCGGGUGCAGUGCCCGCCGUUGGACUGCGACGAGAAGACCGCGUUCAGACCCAGCAAGAAGGCAUGCUGCAGGCAGUGCCCGGCGACGACGCCGAGCACCUUGAACGCGGCCGACGCGACGCGUCUACCGCGGGACCAGGCGGCGCCAGAAGGCACCAGGCGUACAGCAGAGGAGAUACUAGCUGCCGGCGGGUGCAAGUAUCCCUUCGGUGGUCCUUACGAAAACGGGAUGGAAUGGCAUCCGCGGGUUCACUCCCACGGAGAGAUGAAAUGCGUCAAAUGCAGGUGCAAGAACGGCGAGGUGAGAUGCGAUAGAAAGCGGUGUACACGGGCACUGUGCAACCAGAUGAGACGCGGCGAGUACGUGGGCGACGGGGACGACUGCUGCACGGUACAGUGUCGCCGGGCCAGGCGUCAUCAUCGUAACAACCAUCAUCCAGCUCGGCAUUCCGUGACGCCGCGCGAGCUAAGCUGAGUAACCCCCCAGUUGUCGCUGCGAAGCCUCCUUCGAACAGUAUCGCCCUAGUCCAAGGAAACCGGGCCUCGUUUCUCUCUGCAGUCAGCGAAUUCAGCCGUGUUGUUAUUAUUCUCGCUGGAUUUUCCUCGAGGCGAUUCGAAAAGGAAGACGUGAGGCAAGUGACGGGGAGAGCAUCGGAUAAGGGUUGGAGUCUCUAGAUGUCUAUUACAAAUAUACAAUUGUGUUAGUUGAGAAAAGAUCGGCGGAAGAUGGUAAUCAAUGAAACGAAGAGAUUCGUCGCAGGAAGCUGUAAUAAUAAGAGAGCGUAACGAUAAACGAAGAAGGAACAUGGAUCGUUCUCGUCAGACGAUAUUCUUAUUAUUCCCGUCGCUUGCACGGUUAUUCGCUGCAGAGUCCCUCGGGGCACCCACAACCAGACGUUUAUUAAUCAAUUGGCUCUCGUUAACGGAUCAACGGACCGGAAGCCAACCGCUCUCUAUCAUCGAGUGACCUCUCGCAUGCACGCAUAUGCACGCAUGCAUAUUUGUACAUACGCGCGCGACCGAAUGAGAAACUGAAAGUACUGUUUGAUCAAAGUUUACUUCAAACACUUUGGAGACACCAAAUUUCGACCUACCGUUCAAAUGCUCCGGUUGUUCGAAACACAGUACGAUGGCUGUGCUCGCAGAGAUGGCGAAACAAGAGACGAGGUGAAAAAACGGGCGAGAAGGCACAGGGCGAAAGGUACGAACCUGGGGAAAAUUUAGAGUCGUGGUGGUGUGAAUGCAGAGCCCUACUAUAGCCACCAACCUCACCGAGUUACCCAGCAACCAAAGAAGACUGAAGAACCUCCGAUGGUGGCAUCAGUUGUCAUUAGAGCGCGAGAACGUGCCGAACGUUACAAACACUGUAUUAAAUUCAACUUGACGUUGCUUAGAAUCACCCUCACCGUCAUUCUUCUCAUCGAUAUUCACUUUAUCGAUCAUCACUUUACUUUUCGUCAUCGUUCAUUCUCAUUUAUCGUGUUCAUUCUCAUCGUAAGCUUCAUUAUUACUUAUAUAUAAUACUUCAUGAUAUUUCUAUUACAAUUUUCAAUAGUAUAAUUACUACAGCUACUGUUUAUCGCUAUGUCGACAUGUAUAUCCAUUAAUCCCGAUUGUUAUUGUUAAUAUCGACCUGUAAUCUCAUCGUGAUUCGGCUUCUUCUUUUUUUAACUUUUAAGCCUAUUUAUUCUUAGGUUGUUUUAAGUUAUUCAAUGGCGAUCUCUGAUCGUAAUCAAAUUUUGCAAUUGUACUUUCGCAAAAGGUCGAAUUUCUGCAAGUGUAUCCAAUCUGUACAUUGAUUCGGGUUAGGGCCGGGAGUCGGGAUCGCCUUUAUUGCACCACGUUACCGUGUUAGGAUGAGUGUGGAGGAAUGCAUCAGUUUUUUAUGCGUAUGUCAGUAGAAUAAAAGAUAAAAGUUUCGAUCAGAGAAUGAAACAGAGUAGCCUGACAGUUUACAAAGACCCAGUCUCUUCUUCUCUACAUCAUCGUCCGCGAAUACGAGCGACGAAGGAAAACUAUAAAAAAAAAGAAACGCAGUGCGGUUGAACUCGGACGAGUUCGGACACUACCUAGUCACUGAUUCGUCGUUCAGUGCAUUCCUUUACGAUCUAGUCUAAACGUCCGUUUGGACAAGAGCUUGCAGAAAUCAUGCGAUGCGAUCCGAUCGCCGAUGAAAGAUGAGAAGAAAACAGGGGGUAGCAGCUUUUUACACGACAGCUGGCAGGCCUACUUGGUUUCGACACUUUUUGAUACCUUCGGAACUCUUUUCGGUAGCGUGCGUGCAUUGCCGAAAGAACGAGGCUACAAACUGUGCGUGCGUGUGUAUAUGUAUGUGUAUGUCAAACUCGUGUGUUUUACAUAGUGAGCAGGUGAGAGGAACGAACAGUGUGCGAUGAACGAAGCUAACGAGUGCCUGUUUUUUCCCACCUCGAUGAAACUCGAAGGUAAAUGUGCAUUCUUUGAUCAUUCGUCGAAUAUCGUUCGACAUCGUGCCUUGAUAAUCGUGAGAUUACAGAUUCUCUAACGAUAGUCGAACAAAUAUUUGGUAGAGGCCUUAAUCGAACGACGUUGAUAUUUUUUUGUACAUAUCUAGGCGCUUGUAAUACAUAACGAGAAUCACGACUAUCAUUAACGAGUUAUCAGUUAUUAUUAAUAGUAUUUAUAUACAAGUAAUUGUAUAACCUCUUGUCGUAUCGUCGAACUCGUAGACGGUUCGUCGAUGCUUAUCAAUAUUAAUAAUUAUUUUAUUUUAUUAUUACUAUUAUUAUUAUAAUAUUGUUAUUAUACAUACAAAUAUUAUCUUGACGGUUAUUUAAAGUCAUCCCCCGUUCUUUGUUUACGUGUCUAUUUAAGUAGGAAGAAGGAAAACGUUUUUAAUGCCAACAGACAGCAAUGUAUCGUCCUGAGAAUGCAUUAAGCUUGCCUUACUCUUCUUUUUCUUAUUUUACUAAUCGAUCGAAUUGUCGUUGCCGAUUUCUUUGGAAAAGUAUAUACGCUGUUCGAUAGUGCCAAAACUGGCGCGAAGAAAUAUCGCAAUAAUCGGUCGACUGAUUGUGCCUUUGUCGUUACAAUUUUUUAAAGCUUUGCAACGACGUCGAUUUAUAAACGAUUUACCACGUGAAAACCUCGAUUUCUAUAGUGCCUUAAGAAAAUUGUCAAGAGCAGCAGGGAGUUGGUAGAAAAAUUGUGCUUGAGUGUAAAAUAUCGUAGACUAACAACAAGUAUUUGGAAAUCGCACGAUCGAUUGAAAUUGUUGAUUUCAAGUACAUGUUAAUUGAUGUUCGUAGAUUUGGCUGAGAUUCUGUGUUGUGCCAACGUGAUCGUAAAUCGAAUCGUGCGCGUAAUUUGUUCAGUAACGAAUCAUGGAUAAAGGAAACGAAAGUGAAAGACUGGGAGAAUGAGGAGCGUGUAAUUAAUUGUUGACAUUGCUAAUCGAUGCAAUAAAACGUCCAACUGAAUAUAAGCAAACUGACUACAUUAGAAGUAAUUGUAUGCCAAUUUCAGUAUUUCCAUUAAUAAACAAAUACGCUUGAUCGAG